UUUUGGCAAACUAUUCUAUCCAAAUGCAAUCAAGCUCAGCUUCUCAACUGCCUCUCUCGCUACCGUUCGUAACGGUAAAUGGCAACCGCGCUAAAACCUCUACCUCCUCCUCCCUACUCCGCCGCCGGCGGUAGCCUCAGGUCGGCGUCCAUUCCGUCGCCGGUUAACAUUGCUGCCGCCUCACAGAGUCGACGACUCAUCUCGUCCGUUACAUGUAGUAGCCGGCGUCCUGUUUCCUGCGAACCACACACCGCUACAGAUUUUGUGGUUCCGAGGAGGAAUGCGAUGGCAAUGAUCCUUGCUGGACUUGUAUCCCCAAGGAUUGGUCUAAACGAUACUGCUCUUGCUCAACAAUAUUUAGUUACCUUCAGGGAACAUAUAGAUACUUUUGAUGGAUACUCAUUCAUGUAUCCAAGUAACUGGAUUCAAGUUCGUGGCGCUGGUGCUGAUAUAUUCUUCAGGGAUCCUUUCGUUCUUGAUGAGAAUAUUUCUGUUGAGUUGUCUUCUCCAUCCUCUUCCAACUACACAAGUGUUGAAGAUUUAGGUUCUCCUCAAGAAGCUGGACAGAAAGUACUUAAGCAGUACUUGACAGAGUUUAUGUCUACUAGACUCGGGGUUAGGCGCGAAUCGAGUAUUCUCACAACUUCUUCCAGAGUGGCUGAUGAUGGCAAGUUGUAUUAUCAAGUUGAGGUGAAUAUAAAGUCAUAUGCAAGUAACAAUGAGUUGGCAGUUAUGCCUCAAGAUAGAGUAGUUCGAAAGGAAUGGGACAGGAGAUAUUUAUCAGUUCUCGGAGUGGAAAACAAGCAGCUGUAUGAAUUGCGACUACAAACUCCAGAAAGUGUGUUUGCUGAAGAGGAAAAUGAUCUUCGUCGGAUUAUGGAGUCUUUCAGGGUGAAAAAGGUGUUGCCCGCUUGAUCAUUCUUGAAGAAAUCGAUCAUGUUGUAUUUUCACAAUUAGUAUAUUUGACAAUUUCAUAUAUUUUUGUUUACAUGUAUGAUUGAUUGAUUGAUAUGGUUAAAUAUGAAUUUUGAUUUUAAUAUAUUGGUUUAUGAGUA